AUGUCAGACUCAGCACCCCCGGCGUCCGAAAAGGACCCGUGGAACAUCAAGAGCAAAGAGAAAUUCGAGACGAAAUCCAAGUCCGAGUUCUACGACCCGUGCCAAGAGGCAGCGCAGCGAAGUUAUAAAUGUUUAUACCGGAACGGGGGGGAUAAAUCUAUGUGCGGAGAGUAUUUUCAGGCGUAUCGGGACUGCAAGGCUGCCUGGGUGCGUAUGGCCCAUGUUCAAGACUGCGGGUGUGCCGCGGACGAGGCUAUGAUGGACUAA